GCUGUCAUGCCGGCCACCAACCAGGGCUGGCCGGAGGACUUCGGCUUCCGGCUGGGUGGCUCUGGGCCCUGCUUCGUCCUGGAUGUGGCCGAGGGGAGCAGCGCAUACGCCGGGGGGCUGCGGCCCGGGGACCAGAUCCUGGAGGUGGAGGGGCUGGCCGUGGGCGGCCUGAGCCGCGAGCGCCUUGUGUCCUUGGCACGGCGCUGCCCUCGUGUGCCACCCAGUCUCGGCGUGCUCCCGGGCCCCGAGGGCGGCCCCACGACUCUGGCCACAGCUUGGCGGGGCCUGCGUUCCCGCCUCGGCCUUGCCUUGGGCCGCGAGCUGCUGCGCCUGGCUGGCCGCCAGCGGCCGGAUACUGUACACCGAGAGCGCAGGCGCAAAGCCCAGGAGUUCAGCCACAAGGUGGACGAAAUCUUGGGAGACCAGCCAAUUGCCAAGGAGCAGGUGUUCACAGCCCUGAAGCAGUUUGCAACAGAACAGCGGGUAGAUGAGCUGGUGUGGGCUCUUACCCUGGCACUGCCCUGUGAGGCCUGGGGGCCACUCCUGGACAACCUCAGGAUCUUCAUCCCCAAGAAGCACCGGGCGCGCUUCGACGAGGUGGUGUCCCAGGGGCUGCUGGGCAAGCUGUGUCGCGCACGACGGGCGCAGGGCGCGCAGAGGCUGCGCCGGAGCCGCAGCGAGGAGCGACCCGAGCGCCUCCUGGUGUCCACGCGCGCCAGCGCCGCGCCGCGCCGCCCCGACGAGCCACCCCCGCGCAAAGCCGCCUCGCUGCUGGGCGGCCGCGCCGGCCCCGGGGGCGCGCGCAGGACCGUCCGAGUCUACAAGGGCAACAAGAGCUUUGGCUUCACGCUGCGCGGCCAUGGGCCUGUCUGGAUCGAGUCUGUCCUGCCUGGCAGUCCAGCUGACAGUGCCGCCCUCAAGUCGGGUGACCGGAUCCUUUUCCUCAAUGGAUUGGACAUGAGGAAUUGCUCCCACGACAAGGUGGUGUCCAUGCUGCAGGGCAGUGGCGCGAUGCCCACGCUGGUGGUGGAGGAAGGGCUCGUCCCGUUCGCUAGCGACUCUGAUUCCUUGGAUUCCCCCAACCCGACGUCAGCGCUCACCUCCCUGCAGUGGGUGGCCGAGAUCCUGCCCUCCAGCAUCCGGGUCCAGGGGAGGACCUUCAGCCAGCAGCUGGAGCACCUGCUCACGCCUCCUGAGCGCUAUGGGGUCUGCCGGGCCCUCGAGAGCUUCUUCCAGCACAGGAAUAUCGACACCCUCAUUGUCGACGUCUACCCUGUGCUAGACACCCCUGCCAAACAGGUGCUGUGGCAGUUUAUCUACCAGCUCCUGACGUAUGAGGAACAGGAGCUCUGCCAGGAGAAAAUCGCAUGCUUCCUGGGCUACACGGCCAUGACAGCAGAGCCUGAGUCUGAGCUGGAACUGGAGCCGGAGCCCACACCAGAACCCACACCAGAACCCCAACCACGGAGCUCCCUUAGGGCCUCCUCCAUCUGCCGCCGCAGCCUCCACUCCCAGGGCCUGGAGUCCAGCCUCAGCUGCGGUCUCGGCGACUGCCCUGAUAUGCCUCUUCCUCUGAUCCCAGGGGAGCGCCAGGCUGGUGAUGGCACCUCCCUCCCUGAGACUCCCAACCCCAAGAUGAUGUCAGCUGUCUACGCAGAGCUUGAGUCUCGACUGAACAGCAGCUUUAAAGGGAAGAUGGGGACCGUGUCCAAAUCCCGGGCCUCCCCUCCAGGUCCAAGCCUCAUGGGCACAGCAGGGCCCAGGACCCUGUCCAGCGUCUCAUGGCCAAGUGAACGGCUCCUACCCUCUCCCUGCUAUGACCCGCUGUGCUCUGGGGGCCUGGCCUCCCCCAGCAGCUCUGAGUCCCACCCCUAUGCCAGCCUGGACAGCAGCAGGGCACCCUCCCCGCAGCCAGGCCCAGGGCCUAUCCGUCCGGACAGUCCCCUGAGCCCAGACCCUGUGCGGCCACCCAGCCGCAGGAAACUCUUCACGUUUUCCCAUCCUAUGCGGAGCCGGGAUGCAGACCGCUUCCUGGAUGUGCUGAGCGAGCAGCUGGGCCCCCGGGUCACCAUCGUGGAUGAUUUCCUGACCCCUGAAAAUGACUACGAGGAGAUGAGUUUUCACGAUGACCAGGGCAGCUUUGUGACCAACGAGCGGAGCAGCGCAAGCGACUGCAUCAGCACCAGCGAGGAAGGCAGCUCCCUGACCUACUCCUCCAUCUCUGACCACAUUCCCCCGCCCCCACAGCCCCCGCCACCACCACCCCUGCCCUUCCACGACCCCAAGCCCAGCUCCCGCCCCUCUGACGGUUCGGGCCCUCCUCAGGCACUAGCCAAGCCCCACCCCCAACUCAGUCACCCGGUCCCGCCCCCUCCCCCACCGCCCCUGCCCCCACCCGUGCCCUGUGCACCCCCCGUGCUGUCCCGGGGCCUGGGCCACCGGCGCAGCGAGACCAGCCACAUGAGUGUCAAGCGCUUGCGGUGGGAGCAGGUGGAGAACUCGGAAGGCACCAUUUGGGGUCAGCUUGGGGAGGACUCUGACUAUGACAAGCUGAGUGACAUGGUGAAAUACCUCGACCUGGAACUCCACUUCGGUACCCAGAAACCUGCGAAGCCGGUGCCCAGGCCUGAGCCAUUCAGGAAGAAGGAGGUGGUGGAAAUCCUGUCCCACAAGAAGGCCUACAACACUUCCAUCCUCCUAGCGCACCUGAAGCUGAGUCCCGCGGAGUUACGCCAGGCGCUCAUGAGCAUGGAGCCCCGGCGCCUGGAGCCCGCGCACCUGGCGCAGCUCCUGCUCUUCGCGCCCGACGCCGAUGAGGAGCAGCGCUACCAGGCCUUCCGAGAGGCGCCCGGCCGCCUCAGCGAGCCGGACCAGUUCGUCCUGCAGAUGCUGUCAGUUCCGGAAUACAAGACCCGCCUGCGCAGCCUUCACUUCCAGGCCACCCUACAGGAGAAGACCGAGGAGAUCCGAGGCAGUCUCGAGUGCUUGCGACAGGCAUCCUUGGAGCUCAAAAAUAGCAGGAAGCUUGCUAAGAUAUUGGAGUUUGUCUUGGCCAUGGGUAACUAUCUCAACGAUGGACAACCCAAGACGAACAAGACCACUGGCUUCAAGAUCAACUUUCUGACAGAGGUGAGGGCCAGGCAACAUGUGGAUGGGAAGUCCACCUUCCUCCACAUCCUUGCCAAUCGCUGAGCCAGCACUUUCGCAGAACUCCUCCUGGGCUUUGCUCAGGACCUGCCCACUGUGCCCCUGGCUGCCAAAGGGAAUCAACGGGCCCUGACCGGUGACCUGGCUGAUCUCCAUGGUACCAUUAGUGAGAUUCAGGAGGCCUGCCAGAGCAUGUCCCCCUCCAGUGAGGACAGGUUUGGCUGUGGUCAUGGACGGUAUCCUCUGAGCAGCCAGACUGGACCCUGA